AUGGCAACCUUGGACGCGGCGUUCUUAGUCGAGCGCGAUCAGUUUCGAUCUGCAAUCAAGGAGGAAGCAAGUGCUGGAUUACUGAGCAGAAGCCGACGGAGACAUCCCCGACGAGGGGGACUCUGCCAAGCGGAGAAAAUAAGUGUCCCUUACGAUCUCUUUAUCGACAAGUACGUCUGUCCAAUCCUCCAUGGUUAUCUUGGCGAGCUCUGUGACGGGCGUGGCGCCAACUGUGUCUCGUGCUCCUCCUCCGGCGCCGAUGUUCCCGAAACAUGGGACAUCCUCAAAUGUUCGCCUAACAAGCAAGAUGCUCUCUCUACCUGCUCAAAACAAUCGCUAGAAACGAGCUUCUGCGAAAACACAAAGCCGAAGUGCCCAAUUUCUUUCUAUGCCGAUUUCGAAAAUGAGCAAAAAUCAAAAGUUGAGGAUCGCCUUUGCUGCAUGCAGAGCAUCAAUCUUGGUCAGGAACUUUCCUGUGUUGCGAAUACGCAUAAUACUCAGCAGAAGAAAAUUGCUCUAAAACUCGACUUUUCACCUUGCCGAAAUCCUUCAAAAUGCAUCCCCAUGAAUCGCGAAAACAGCCUUCGAAUCAACCUUGAUCUUCAUCAACCGCAAUCUUGCUGUGCUCAACUUUCCUGGAACAAUUAA